AUGUCCCAUUCUCCGGCUUCCAUUUCGACAAUCCCUGGCACAAACUAUCCUGUCCGCUUCACCGUUCGACAAGCCGGAUCCAAAUGCCUACAGAUCGUUGAUCAUAACAGCUCAGAACCUGUUCGCCACAUCUCGUAUCACAAAGCAGGAUGGAGAAACAAACACCAACGCAUCACUCUGUACUCAGGCCCAAACCCAUCGGAGGAAAGCCACCCAUUAGUUUCCGUGCUCAGAGACCUCAGCCUCGAGGCUAAGCUCCAGUCCAGAUCUUCGCAUCAUAAGAUCCAACUACAUAAUCCUCCCUCAGACGACAGCUCAGGCGAGAAUGGAAACAUAAGAACCAUGAUUAACAUGACGUACAGCCGAUCAGGCUGGAUUUUCUCCGAGCUCACCUACCGCUUUUUCCUUCCAAGUCCUGCCAAUGCCGACAGAUUAGACACUUGCACGUAUGAAUGGCGCCGUCCGACGCAUCAACUCACAGAAAUCCACGCUCUUCGUAAAGCCUCGCUUCAGAUAUUGAAGACGGGUGACUCUCGCCCAACAGAAAGCAGCCUGCUACCGCCACAAGGAUAUAUCCUCGUCCGAACCAACGUCAAUCAUAAAUCCCUAGAGAAUGAGAACCCACGGCUGGGUUGGACGUCAAAAGGCGAGGAGAUCGUCGCGUCGUGGUCAAGACCUAGUUGGGGCGUGAGCAAGACAAAGUUUCACUUCCAGUUUUGGGGCUCGGCUGCCGAAGGGCAGAUGAAUGCUGAAUUCUUCGAUGUGGCUAUUGCUACGGCGGCUGCGAUUUGGUUUGACGAGUACAGGAAUGGGAAGAAAAAUUAA